AUGUUAUGGUUUAUAUCUAUCUAUCUAUCUAUCUAUCUAUCUAUCUAUCUAUCUAUGUCUAUUACACAUUUGUCUAUCUUGUUUUUAGUAAUAUCUAUCUAUCUAUCUAUCUAUCUAUCUAUCUAUCUAUCUAUCUAUCUAUGUCUUUUACAUCUUGUUUUUAUCUUAUCUUUAUCUAUCUAUCUAUCUAUCUAUCUAUCUAUCUAUCUAUCUAUCUAUGUCUAUUACACAUUUGUCUAUCUUGUUUUUAGUAAUAUCUAUCUAUCUAUCUAUCUAUCUAUCUAUCUAUCUAUCUAUCUAUCUAUCUAUCUGUUUUUUUCAUAUCUACGUCUGAUCAUUAUCUAUCUAUCUAUCUAUCUAUCUAUCUAUCUCUCUAUCUCGUUCUUGUCAUUAUCUAUCUAUCUAUCUAUCUAUCUAUCUAUCUCUCUAUCUCGUUCUUGUCAUUAUCUAUCUAUCUAUCUAUCUAUCUAUCUAUGCUUAUUACACACCUGCUUAUCUAUCAUUCCCGUUUUUAGUAAAUUUCUAUCUAUCUAUCUAUCUAUCUAUCUAUCUAUCUAUCUAUCUAUCUAUCUAUCUAUCUUUGUUUAUUGCACAUCUACCUAUCUAUCUUUCUUUCAGUUCAUAUCUAUCUCUGAUCACUAUCUAUCUAUCUAUCUAUCUAUCUAUCUAUGUUUAUUCAGUCAUUUAUGUGACAUGCGUGAUACACGAUAA